AUGGUACUGUUCGCAAAGAGCAGAACAUAUGUGGAACACAUUAGAAAUGAAGCUAUUAAACAAAAUGCACUUCAAAUCUUAAUGAAUAUUGAAUAUUUUAAAAAUUAUAGUUCACCAUACGCAACACCACCAGUAACCGCAGCAGCUGUUUACAAUCCAAUUCAAACUCAACAAACACAGCAAAAUCUUGGUGCAGUUGGUGCUUCGAAUCCAACGAAUGUUUAUACUAGUUUUUCAAAUCCAGCUGCAGCUGUUGCGGCAACACCAUCAGCGUCACAUUAUACUCAGUAUGCUAACCCUAGUGCAGCCGCUGCUUAUACGCAAUAUGGGCAGACAGCUGCAGCAGUUGCCGCUGUUCAACAGCAACAACAGCAACAAAAACUGGGUUUUUCUGGUGCAACAGUUGCGGCACCGACGGCAUCUGCAUAUACUGCUUACACCAGUCCUAGUGCUGCUGCAGCUUUGGCUGCACAGUAUGGGCAAACAGUAGCUGCUGUUGCGGCUGUUCAACAGCAACAUCAGAUAAGGAAUGUUCAGCUUCAAGCUGCUGCUUCUGGAGUUGCUUCAGCUGGAUUUGGUCAUACGUCAACAACUCGCAUCACAGAUUCCUACAGCACUAUUAGUUCAUUACAAUCAAGUGGUACAUAUACACCAUUAAGUGAAUAUACUAGUUCGUUGAACAGACCUACCACUGUAAAUCCAGUUACGAAUACUAAUUCUUUUGUUGGAGUUACUCGAAUCGGUGGAACUAGCUCGGCUAAUAUCGCUGCAAAUACAUCGUCAGUUACAACUGGAACAAGCAGUGCUGUAUCAACUUAUACGAGUUAUGAUGCUGCGGUAUAUGCAGCUGCGAAUAAUUAUUUACAGUCCAAAGCUCAGGGAACUGCAAAUAUUUGGAUGAGUUCAGGUAAGAAAACGGGAACAUUUGGUGGAGCGAAUUCAUCGAAUAUUUCUAUUUCGGGAUCAAAUCGUGGACAAUCUAUUCGAGGACGGAGCACGUUUCCUUUUAAACGUAUUGGUGGCCCUGGGCAAAAUCGAAACACAAGCGAUAAUCAGCAACAUUACUGCGAUGUUUGUAAAAUAAGUUGUGCAAGCGCCCAAACAUACAAAGAACAUAUUGAAGGCCAAAAACACAAGAAAAAAGAAGCUCUACAAAAAGGAGAAGGAAUGACACUCUCCAAAUCUCGCGUUUCUUUCCGUUGUGAAACGUGCAAUGUGACCUGCACCGGUAAAGAUACAUAUGAAUCACACGUACGUGGAGUGAAGCAUCAGAAGACCGCUAAUCUCCUAAAAAAAUUGGGGAAACCAGUGGCCGAGGUUCCUACUUUGCUUGCACCUGGUGAAAAAUCGAAUAGAGCUAUUAAUAUUUCUUCUGCUGGCGCUCCAAUUUCGACCGUUGGUGGUCCAGCGGUGCCAACAAAAAGAGUUGUUGGUCUACCGACUAUGAAUUUCAUUGGUAGUCAAAAAUUACAAAGUAAUGUCGAUUCUGUUAAUGAUGAUUCGAGUGAAAUAACUUUUGAAAGCAUGGAUAAAAAUAACGCUGCGUUAGAAGCAGCUUUGGCAGCAGAAAGAGACGUUCAACCUGUCGGUGAGGAUUAUGUUGAAGAAGAACGAAAUGCGGCUGGUAAACUAGUGCAGUACAAUUGUAAAUUAUGUGAUUGCAAAUUUAGCGAUCCCAAUGCAAAAAAUAUUCACGUAAAAGGACGAAAGCAUCGUUUGCAAUACAAGUUGAAAGUUAAUCCUAACUUGGUGGUUGAUGUAAAACCCAAUCAGGUGCCUCGAGAAAUGCGAAAUGCUCUUGUGCGGAAAAUGCGUUCUCGUGCUUUAACACCUCUUAUGAUGUAUGUUGCCUUUUUUAUUCUGCAUAUGUAUACGUCGAAAAUUUGUCCUGGAGUCAAAAAAAUUUUCUUUCCUAAUAUGUGGUCGAGGCCUUACCGGGUGCCACAACCUUUAAUGGUUUCGCAUCCGCCUGCUCGGCCAUGGGUUAGUGUCAUGGAUAUGGGUCGUCGCACGGAAACUAAUGAAGAUAGACAUGUUAUGGCGAAACACCGAAUGAUAUAUCCGGAAGAUGCAUUCUUAAAUGCAGUCGAAAAACUUGUUAAUUCUACAGAAAUCACAUUAAAUGCUAUCUCUGAUUAUCUUGCUAAAGAAAGGAAUGAAGCUGCCAAUGUUGCUAAGGAGAAGGGUAAGGAUAAUCCAGAAGAUGAAAAGCCAGUUGAAGUGAAACAAGAUCGCAUGUUGAAAGGCGUCAUGCGCGUUGGGUUACUCGCCAAGGGCUUAUUGUUAAAAACUGAUCGUGAAGUAGGAUUUUUAUAUUUAUAUAAUCUUUUCAUCCUAAUAAACCCGCCACCGACUGAGUCGCUUUUGUCUAAAGUUGCCGAAUUAUUCCCCCAGUUUAUGGAGGCAAUCAAGAAGGAAACAGUGGAAAUUAAAUCAAAAUCUGAAGAAAGUGCUUUGCUGCUGAAGAAUAUCGAAGCAGAUAUAACAUGUAGAGUUGUUCUAACCUCAGUUCGACUUAGAAAUGAAGCAAUAGAAACAGGUUUUUUAUAG